CCAACCGAAUCCAAAUGUAAACACAAUCAGCUGAUCGUAGUGGGUGUAGUGUUGAUAAGCGCAAAUACCUAUUUACGAUGCCUUUAACAAUAUCUGAUGACCAUAAGGAUCAACUGUCUUUGCUAUUAACCCAAGACAUACCAGUAGUACAUGAAUUCUGUAGACUUGCUGGCCUCUUUCUCCAACAAGAGGUUAAUCCCAGAGUGUUUUCGUCCGCAGCAAAUAAACUAGGUGUUCAACCUUCCCAGGUUGAAGAAGCAAUUCAAGCUCUUGUCUUUCUACUGAACCAAAGUGCACAGACUUCAGUGUCUCAAGAAGAAUUCAAGACUCUGGCAGUCUCAUUAGGAUUUAGCAAUGAUGCUGCGGAUGUACUUACAAAUGCUUAUUUAGAAAAUGACUUGCAACUAAAGGAAUAUCUUAAAAGAAUGGGUGUUCAGGUUCCUCUGUAUCAAAAUUUAGAAUGGAGAUUUGACAUCCUGGUUGGCUCAAGGGCACUGCAUCACAUAGCAGAACCACUAGUGACUCUUCAGCUCUCAUUAGAUAAGGCCUCAUCAGAAGGUAACAGUGACACAAAUUCCGAGUCUCCAAUGACCAACAGUGACAACAGAGUGGAGAAGCUCGUUCUUCAAACUGAUCCAAACAACCUACUCCAUAUGACAGCAAUACUAGAAGAAGCCCUCCAAGAGUCCAGGACACACCACUCACGGCGUGUUCAUAGACACCUUAAAUGAUGUAAUUUGUUGUUAACGAUUAUUAUUGAGAGAUUUAGACCUUAGUAAUUACUGUAAUAGUAUAUCUUUUAUAUUUUGCAUACUAUGCUACAAAAGGACUGUAUUUCUUUGUCUUCAAUGUUUACAAUGCAGGGCAAAAUCAUUCCAUAAUUAUUUAAUAAUAAUUUUUUUCAUUGCUAGUCAUUUUGAAAUAAAUAUACAAACCAAA